AUGGCUGAGAGUAGCAAAUUUACUGUGUAUAAAAUUGAGAACGAAUCAUCACAUGGAAAUGGCUCUCGUACCAUCCUCGUUACGCUUAAUGUUGGUGGCGUACUCUACACCACCACCAAAGGAACACUUUUAAAAAAAACGAAUUUUUUUGAGAUGCCUCUUAAUGGAAAUGUUUUUGACACAUUGGAUUAUGAUGGAAACAUUUUCAUCGACCGAAAUGGUGAAUUAUUUAAGUAUGUUCUCGAAUUUUUGAGAACAAGUGUUUUACCGAAAAGAACUCUUUACAACAAAUCAUUGCUUGAAGAACUAUUGCUAGAAGCUGAGUUCUACCACAUCGAAGAACUGGUAAUUCAAAUAAAAGGGAACAUUCAGAUACUUAAUCAAAGUUUUUAUUGA